CAUUGAGUUGUUUACAAGCGUCUAAAAUAUUCAGACUGUCAACAUUCAGUGAUCUCGUGUGACUGUUAACAGCAGACAUGGGUUGAAGCUUCAAGACUCCCAGGCCCUGCUGCUGCUGGUACGUGUAGGAGACAAUGAAUCCCGCGAUCUCUUUCUGUGAGAUCGACCUAGAUGAUCUCGAGUUUUAUGAGAGAUGUGGUGGUGGAUCGUUCGGGAGUGUUUACAGAGCCAAAUGGAAGUCAGAAAACAUCAUUGUCGCUGUCAAGAAGUUAUUGGUCUUGGAUAAAGAGGCUCAUGUAUUGAGUUUGCUGAGUCACAGAAAUAUUAUACAGUUCUACGGAGCCGUGAUGGAGGAACCCAACUACUGCUUAGUUACAGAAUUUGCAGAGAAAGGUUCCCUGUAUGACUACCUACAGAAUCCUGACAAUGUCAUGGAUUUCCAGCAGAUUCUUACAUGGGCAACAGAGAUAGCUCAGGGCAUGAAUUACCUGCAUAAUGAGGCCCCUAUGAAAAUCAUACACAGAGACCUCAAAUCCAAAAAUGUUGUCAUCUCGGUUCAGGGUGUGUGUAAGAUCUGUGACUUUGGAGCCUCCCGGUUUAUGGGCAGUACCACAAAAAUGUCACUUGCCGGUACAUUUCCCUGGAUGGCACCAGAGGUGAUACAGAGUUUACCUGUCUCAGAAUCCUGUGAUACCUGGUCCUAUGGCAUGGUGUUGUGGGAACUACUGACACAUGAGGUGCCAUACAGGGGCAUCAAGGGGUUCCAAGUGGCCUGGCUGGUCGUUGAGAAAGGGGAGAGAUUAACUAUUCCCAGUACGUGUCCACCAUGUUUUGCCAAGUUGAUGAGGCAGAGCUGGAACACUGACCCCAAACUCAGACCCAACUUUAAGGACAUCCUCCUGACAUUACAUUCCAUGUUAAGUGAUGAUUCCCUGCCAGAUCAGACAAAUUCCUUUCUAGAGCACAGAGAAGUGUGGAGAAAAGAAAUACAAGCUACCAUAGAAAGACUUAAGAGAGCAGAGAGUAAUUUGACUGCCAAAGAAAGGGAGCUAAUGGAACGAGAGAUUAAAUUGUUAGAAAGGGAGAAAACCCUGGAACAACAAUUCAAAGCUGUGCAUUUGGAUUCCUAUGAUGUCAAUUCAUGGAGUGAGAUAGACGUGUAUCAGUGGAUUCUCCAAAUGCAGAAUGGACACUCUAGUGACCUUGCCCAGUAUGCAGGCAUCUUCCUUCAGCACAACAUUACCGGCAAGCGACUGAUGAUGUUGAAUCUAGAACGCAUCCAAGCUAUGGGCAUUACCUCAACUGGGCACAGUAUGGAACUAAUGACAGAAAUAGAAUUGUUAAAGGCCCAUAACCACAGGCUGCUGAAUUUUCCACCGCUGUCUAAAUCUGAUGACAUGCCAGUGGAUACUUCUCCAGUUCAUCGUCAGAUUUCCCUCACCCUCAUUUUUGGACAUCAUCUCAGGCAGGGAAAAAGUUUAGAGAAAAAAUCUGCAGACUGAGAUACUUGUACUGAGGAAAUACCUGCUGUUGAAGAAAAAACCCAAGACUUGUU